CUUUAGCAGCACAUGCUAACAGAGCUAAGCUAUCCGCAGAGGAUCACGUGAUAGUGUUCUCCAGGUGAGCCACCUGAUGAGCUGUGACGUCACUGUAUUGCGUAGCAGAACGUAAACAACUCGGGACGGACCACGUGACGUCACGCAGAGCAGGUUCCACUAUGACUAGUCUCUUAGCACGUGGUGUCAUGGCGGAGCGGCGGUUGGACUCUUCCUGGAAGAGACACAUCUCAGAUCAGCUGAAGCUCAGAGACAGAGUCCAGAGACAGGCCUUCGAGGAGAUCGUCCUCCAGUAUAACCGUCUGCUGGAGAAGUCAGACCUGCAGACUGUUCUAUCAGAGAGAUACCAGACGGACAAGUAUGACGUCCAGAGAGGACACGAGGCCAAUUCGGGGUCCGACUCCGGUCGCAGUGACGUCCUGCAGCAGGAGAUGUCUCAGAUGAGAAUCAAACACCAGGAGGAGCUGACGGAGCUGCACAAGAAACGAGGAGAGUUGGCUCAGAACGUGAUCGAACUGAACAACCAGAUUCAACAGAAAGACAAAGAAAUCCAAAGCAACGAGGCCAAGAUGUUGGACUUCCAGCAGCAGAUCAGCGAUCUGGAGGGAGACUGUCGGGAGCUGAGGAGCUGCCUGCAGGACCUGGAGAGGGCGAACCAGACCCUGAAGGACGAGUAUGACGCCCUGCAGAUCACCUUCUCUGCUCUGGAGGAGAAGCUGAGGAAGACCACAGAGGACAACCAGGAGCUGGUGUCCCGCUGGAUGGCUGAGAAGGCUCAGGAGGCCAACAAGCUGAACGCCGAGAACGAGAAGGACAGCAGACGCAGACAGGCCAAACUGCAGAAAGAACUGGCCGACGCAGCCAAAGAGCCUCUGCCCAUCGAGCCGGACGACGACAUCGAGGUCCUGGCAGAGGACGGAGGGAAGGGGGGCGCAGAGACCUCCCCUAAGAGGACGCUCAGUAGAACUCCCAGUAAGAGAACCGCUCAGCCUCCUCCUGCUGGUCUGCUGGACUCCAUCUCCAACAUAUUUGGCAGGCGUCGACCGGCCAACUCUUUCAGCUCUUCACCUGAAAACAGUGAAGCCCCUUCUGGAGUCUGUGCGGAGGUUCGAGUCCCGUCAACAGCUCUGCACGUGUUUGAAGCGCACGACGGCGAGGUGAACGCAGUGAAGUUCAGCCCUGGAUCUCGUCUCCUAGCAACAGGAGGGAUGGACCGCAGGGUCAAGCUGUGGGAGGUCGUAGCAGGUCGCUGUGAGCCUAAAGGCGCUCUGACGGGCAGCAACGCUGGAAUCACCAGCAUCGAGUUCGACGCCGCGGGUUCGUACCUGCUGGCGGCCUCCAACGACUUUGCCAGUCGGAUCUGGACCGUGGACGACUUCAGACUGAGACACACCUUGACGGGUCACAGUGGGAAGGUGCUGUCAGCUCGCUUCCUAUUGGACAACGCUCGGAUCGUCUCCGGGAGCUACGACCGAACUCUCAAACUGUGGGACCUCCGCAGCAAAGUCUGUAUGAAGACGGUGUUUGCUGGUUCCAGCUGUAACGACAUCGUGUGCACGGAGCAGUGCGUCAUGAGCGGACACUUUGAUAAGAAGGUUCGAUUCUGGGACAUCAGAGCGGAGAGUAUAGUUCAGGAGCUGGAGCUGCUCGGCAGAGUGACCUCUCUGGACCUGAACCACGACCGCACCGAGCUGCUCACCUGCUCCAGAGAUGACCUGGUGAAGAUCAUCGACCUGCGCACCAACGCUGUCAGACAGACCUUCAGUGCUCAGGGCUUUAAGUGUGGAGCUGAUUGGACCAGGGUGACCUUCAGUCCCGACGGCUGCUAUGUGGCCGGAGGAUCAGCUGAUGGAGCUCUGUACAUCUGGAACGUCCUGACUGGGAAAGUGGACCGGACUCUGGACCGGAACCACAACUCGGCCAUCAACUCGGUGUCCUGGUCGCCUUCAGGAGCGUUCGUGGUCAGCGUGGAGAAAGGAAGCAAAGCCAUCCUGUGGUCCGACAUGUGACCGCCGAGCAGCACGGCUGUGACCAAUGCAGCGGCUUGUUGUUGAACUCAGACGGAAUCGGACACGUUGGACAUGUUGACACUUUGGACCUGUUGACACUUUGGACAUGUUGGACACGUUGGACAUGUUGGACACGUUGGACAUGUUGGACACGUUGGACACGUUGGACACAUUGGACAUGAACACAGCUUGAAUCUGACGUUUACGUUUUACCUUCUUGACGCUUUGAGAAGCUUUUAUUGUUUCAGAAACUACAGUUUUAAUUCAAACUUCAUCCAGAUGGAAGAGUUCAAAAUAAAAUCUUUAUUAACAGAGAACAGAAGAAACGCUGCAGAGCUUCACACCGUGUGCGUCUGUGUGUGUGUGUCUGUGUGUGCGUGUGCGUCUGUGUGUGUGUGUCUGUGUGUGCGUGUGCGUCUGUGUGUGUGUGUGUGUGUGUGUGUGUGUGUGUGUUUGCGCGUGCGCUUAAAGUCUGAAACCAGAAUAAAUGAUAAUCUC